GCGGGGCUUCCUCGGGGAUCCCGGCUCCCCGCGCCGGCGGCGCUUAUGAGGUGGCGGCGGCUGCUGGGCUGCGCCCUGGCCACGGAUCCCAGAUCAGUGUGACCGCUGCAUCUUCUGUCUACCCAACUUUUCCAGCCACCUGCUAGAAGAUACUCAGCAAGAAGGAUCUCUUGAAUGCUUUGUAGCAACCCUUGCAGCAGUGGGACGCUGACAGCCCUCAUCCCUCUGCUUCAUCUGUGGCAGAGAGCUCUCCAAGGCGCUGCACAGCUCUGCUCUGCUCCUGUACCGGGCAGUGCUCUGGGAGCCAAAAACUUACCAAAAGCCUGAUCUCAUCCGAGUCGAAUUCUCUACACUGCCAGGCGGACGGAGCAGCAGAUGCAAGGGAACAGGAAAGCAGCUCUGGCAGGUACAUCCAUUCCAGGGACUGAAUGGCUUGAUCCAUUCCUGAUGGAUGUUGAGCUAUGCAGAUGCCAAUUUGAAUUCCUCCCUGCCCAACAGGGAGCUACUCAACACAGCUCACAAAGACACUCUCACGGACCCAGAGGGACAGCCUUCCAUCUUCAGCUCUCUCUGUGCAAAAAUGAAGUUUAUUUCCUACCUUUGGGGACUUUUUAGCAUCUUGUACCAUCUACACUUUUCCCAGAGCCUGCCGAAGGGACUUUGAUCCUGAAAGCUUGCAGAAAAGGACAGUUUUCUUGCCAUUUUCCAGUUGGUCUAAUAAAAAGCCAUGCAGGGACCAAGGCCCGUCGUGCUGAGUGGCCCUUCAGGAGCAGGAAAGAGCACCUUGCUAAAGAAGCUGCUUAAAGACUAUGAAAACAUCUUUGGCUUCAGUGUCUCCCACACCACCCGGCAGCCACGACCAGGAGAAGUGAAUGGCAAAGAUUACCACUUUGUGACCAGAGAAGAUAUGCUGAAGGACGUCAAUGCUGGCGAAUUUAUCGAGCACGCAGAGUUCUCUGGAAAUAUGUACGGAACAAGCAAAGCCGCCGUACAGGCCGUGCAGGCCCAGAACCAGAUCUGCGUGCUGGACGUUGACAUGCAGGGAGUCAAGAACAUCAAGAAGACGGAUCUGAAUCCCAUCUACAUCUCCAUCCAGCCUCCGUCCCUGGACGUCUUGGAAAAGAGACUGCGCGAGAGGCAGACGGAGACCGAGGAGAGCCUGCAGAAGCGGCUGAAGGCAGCUCAUGUCGACUUGGAACUUAGUAAGGAGCCUGGCCUUUUCAACUUGAUCAUUAUUAAUGACGACCUAGAAGUCGCCUACUUGAAACUGAAGGAGAUUCUUGCAGAGGAAAUCAAGAAGGCCCAAGGACCCAAGAAGUCCUGAGUUCUGUCUGCUUGGACGUUUUAACAUUGUCUAUCAUUCCCCAGAUGCUUCACAGCUUUUUAUUCCAAGAGAGACAUUCCCUUUUGUCCUGAUCCCCUUCCGAGCAACAACAGGAUGUUAAUAUUAAAAGGCGACAAAACGGCGCCCAGUCCAAACCAACCUUGCAUUUGUGUCAGCCAGGGGGUCCUGGCACUUCCUGGGUGUGUUUCUAAGUUGGUAUGAAGAGUCCAGGCAGGCAACUGAGAGCAGUUAUCCUUACUUCCCGACCAAAGGUCCCGUGAGUACCUCUGGGAUGCCGGGCUGCUGCUGCCAAGCUCUGCCCGUGUAACCGGAGCGUGUAGUGUACAUAGCAGUAAGCAGCAUCCUCCCCACCCCAGUACAAAAGGUGGGUAUGCUUGUCUCGUGCCACGGUUACCCGUGCCACCUGCUAAGGGGAACUGCUUGUCCCGUUUCCUCCUGCAAAGUGCCCUGUGGGACCAGGUCGCAGGAGGAGGCUGGCCAGUCUGGGAAAGGGAUUUGGAGCAAGGAUGGAGCAGAGCUGGGAUGGUGCCAGCGCUGGGAUCCUCGUCGCUUAGCCUUGGGGCUCCCCUUGUCUCUCUCUCCCUUCCUCUCCCCAACCCAGGGGACAUCGUCACGGUUCCUUCAGAGACUCAUCGUCUCUGCUUCCCACCCUGAGUCUCUGUGGCUGAUCCUGGGGUUGCUGCCUUGCACCUAGUCAGCAGAGCUCAGGCCGGGGAACCCUAGACCUGGCGCCAGGCCGCUCGGAAACAUCGCUCCCCGCCCAUCCCCGUUCCCAGUCCUCCGCGGACACCGACCGCUUCCUGGCUCGUGCUGGGUGAUCUCAAAGGAGUUCCAGGGGAACGACAUCUUCCUCUCCCCUUCUCAGUCCUGAAUGCCUCUGGGGUGGAGGCAUGAAUGCUGCAGGCAGAUGUACAGCAUUGCAUGGUGAUGGAGGCAGGUAGGCUCCCAAGCCCCUAUAUUCGGACCUCUCUGAAGAGUUUCUUUCCAGGCGGUGUAGCCUUUAUUCCUGGCAAAACUGUAAAAUGCCCCCUUGAGGGUGCAAAUAAAUUCAUUUUUUCCAAUA